UUUGAGGAAUAGUAUGAGCAAUCAUUGCAGAUUCACAACAACAUCAUGUCUUCUAGACCAGAUUUGCCUAGCUCUUGUAUGAGCGACGAUGAAACACUACGACAAAAGACACCAGAAUCGAAACCGCGACAUAGCUCGUUGGUAAAACUUCUUUUUGACAGGACGAGAGUUGAUCAAGCUGUUGAGAACCAUAAUUAUCCUGGAUCAGGCUCCUUUGAAGAUCCGUUUGUUGUUAGCUGGAUUCCUGAUGAUACAGGUAACCCGCUCAAUUGGCCCAAGUGGUUGAAAUGGACCAUCACAAUGGUUUCAGCCGCGACAUGUUUUGCUGUCGCGUUUAGUUCUAGUGCCUAUACAGGUACUAUCGUGCCGCUUAUGAUUCAUUUCAAUGCCAGCCAUACACUCAUCACUGCUGGCGUCUCCCUCUACGUCCUCGGUUUCGCUGUCGGACCUCUCCUCUGGGCACCGCUUUGCGAAAUCUACGGUCGACAAAUUAUCUUCGUUAUCAGCUAUGGUUUGUAUGUUGUCUUUAGUGCAGCAUGCACAGCAGAUAAUGGCGUCGCUACUCUUCUGGUCCUUCGCUUCUUCUGCGGAACAUUUGGCUCAUCACCUCUGACCAAUGCUGGCGGUGUUAUCUCUGAUAUCUUUAAUGCUGACGAGCGUGCUAUCGCUAUGGCAUUCUUCUCUUUGGCGCCUGCACUGGGUCCCAGCUUGGGUCCCUUCAUUGGUGGAUACUUGAGUGACGGUCAAGGCUGGAGAUGGGUUAUGGGAUUGAUGGCCAUUGUUGCCGGAUUCUUCUGGGUACUCGACAUGUGCUGCGCUCCCGAAACUUAUGCACCUUACAUCCUCCAGAACCGAGCCGACUUCUUGUCCAAAAAGACUGGCAAGGUUUACAUCUCCAUCUACGAACACCAAGGCAAGGCCGAUCCACCAGCCGUCGUUCUCAAGAAGGCCCUCAUUCGUCCUUGGCAACUCCUAUGCUUCGAACCUAUUGUCCUUCUUCUCUCUAUCUACGUAGCUAUUCUUUUCGGAACCCUUUACAUGCUGUUUGGCGCAUAUCCUGUCGUCUUCCAGCUUGAGAGGGGCUGGUCUGCUGGCAAGGGAGGUCUGGCCUUCCUGGGAGUUGCUGUCGGAAUGAUCAGUGCCAUUCCUACGAUUGGACUCAUCAACAUAUGGUAUAUGAAGGUCACGAAAAGGUUCGGCAACGAACCUGUACCUCCUGAAUACCGUCUCCCGGGAUGUAUGCUCGGCGGUAUCUGCGUCCCUGUUGGCAUGUUCUGGUUCGCAUGGACAUCAUAUCGUUCAGUCCAUUGGAUGUCCCCAGUAGCCGCUGGUGCCCCCUUCGGUCUCGGCAUGUCUCUCGUGUUCCACAGUAUCUUCAGCUAUCUCAUCGAUUCAUACACCAUCUACGCUGCCUCGGUCCUAGCAUCAAACGCCGUGUUGCGAUCUCUAUUCGGCGCCGCCUUUCCACUUUUCACGAAGCAGAUGUACGACAACCUAGGAACACAGUGGGCCAGUACAGUCCCUGCCUUUCUGUCACUUGCUUGUCUACCCAUGCCAUUCAUCUUCUUCAAGUACGGUCCUGCUAUUCGACAGCGAUGUAAGUAUUCUGCAAGGGCCGCACAGGCGUUGGCUAUGGCAAAGAAGGGCUAGAUCUUGAGGGUUUGCCAUAUUAUUUCAUACUAAUUUCUAUUUAAUACUGUGUCUUGACAUAAAUGGACCAAAAGCGGCAUAUGGAAGGAGUUAUUGAAUCACCUUAGACAUAGAAUAUUACACCAGUCAUAGAUUAUACAGAGUCAACUCAAGUUUGAACUUUUUCUCUCCA